UGACGCUCAUUUAGGAUAUUUUCCCGAUAGCGAAGGGAUUAUAAAGAAUGGCAGGUUUACCGACGCUAUUCCGUUUUACCAAGAACAACGACCGCUUGACUUUCAACCAACGCUUGUUCUACGAGAAAAAUGGAUUUUUAAUCAUCUCCGAUCUUAUACCGCAAUACAUAUUGGACAAGUGUUCCAAGAGAUACGACGACGUCAUUGCCAAGAAGAUCGAUCCAGGAAACAUCACGAUUAUGCGGGAUAUAAUCGAUAAGAAAUCGGUCAACAAGAUACAAGACAUUAAUCACGACGAAGUUUUUCAAGAAUAUCUCCAACAUGACAAGUUGUUGGAUAUAGUCGAGUGUUUCACGGGUCCUAAUAUAAUGGCCAUGCACAGCAUGUUAAUAGCGAAACCGCCGGACGUGGGAUUGGGUUCGAGCUCACAUCCACCGCAUCAGGACCUUUAUUAUUUCCCUUUCCGGCCAGCCGACAAGGUGGUCGCAGCGUGGACCGCGAUAGAGCCUUCUUGUCGUUUAAACGGUUGCCUUUACGUUAUGCCUGGAAGUCAUGCGCUCGACAAACUGUACGAGCACGAUUAUCCUCCCGGUUCGAAACCGAAUACGAUCAACAAGUUUUAUCACGGCAUUCUGAAUUUACCAUCUAUGGACAAAUCCUACAUCGAAAUGAAAUCCGGCGAUACCGUCUUCUUCCAUCCUUUGCUCGUACACGGAUCCGACAGUAAUCGAUCCAACGGAUCGAGAAAAGCCAUUUCUUGCCAUUACGCUUCCUCCGAUUGUUACUACGUCGAGGCCAAAAAUCUAAUAGAGAAACGAAUUCGAAAUGAGGUUCUGACGACUUUAAAAAAACGAUACCCUGAUUGGAAUUUAACGUACAAGGAUAUCUGGAAAAUUAAAUCCACGCUCGUACGCGGCGCUCGAUCCUCGUUGUAGACGACCUCUCUCGUCUACGUUUGGGUAACUACGUAUGCGGUAACUAUUCUUAAAGCAAUAACAAUUCUCUCAAGUUGAAACGGUUCGACGACGAUAGGAAAGGAAAUUUAUCGGUACUCGGUCAGGAGUAAUCAAUUGCACGACAGAAGAAGAUGUAACGACAACACCGUCGUUGUCGCGAUUAUUAUUCAAUGACUUGAUAUCACGACGAUGUCGUUGAUGAUUAUAAGGUGGUUGAACGGUGUAACAAUGUUUCGAAUGAGGAUCUUUAUAGGUGUUCUCGUGUCGCACGCUGGCACUGGAAGUACGACAGGCGGCGAGGCAAGUUUGAAAUCGAUCCAUGUUGCGAAGGCGCACCUUUAUCGCAUCGUCAUCCUUUGUCCUUUGAAGAUUUUUGCCACUUUCUACGAUAUCCUUCUUUCCCUUUAUAUGCUAUCGACAUAAUGAUAAUGAUAAUGUCUGUAUCGAAAUAAAGACGUUUACGAGAAAUAA